CAGGGGACGCAACGCUAGUACCUUUUGCUUCCACUUCCUGAAAACGGCGUACAUAAAACCCUUGCCCCCUAACUAUUGUGUUCCUCUCUGGUGGGGGGUGUUCACAUCGAGGACGGACAAAACUACAACCCGAAGACCUGUCCGUAAGGCGUCCAAAGAAAGACAACGUGCCGACUGCAUUCAUCCACUCGGCAAACCUCUUAGUUGAACUAUGUGCGACAACCGAAGCGAUGACCACUUUGAGUCGGACGGGGAGAUGGACUUCUCGCGGCUGAACAAUCGCCUGAACUCGUUCCAUGGCUCCAAGCUGGCUCAGCAAGUUCCACCCGAGCGACUGGCCAGAGCCGGCUUCUACUUCACCGGCAACGCGGACCGUGUCUGCUGCUUCAGCUGCCAGAAGACUGUAGACAACUGGUGCAGUGGAGACACACCUGUAGAAAGGCACAAGGAGGUUUCACCAUCAUGCAGAUUUCUCAAGUGCUGCCACAGAGGCACUAUAAAUGGCGCCCCUCUAACCAAUGGGUCCAUCUAUAACGAGGCUGCAGAAGACAUGGAGUACCGCCUGUCAACUGGAUCCGUGGUUGAUGAGACCCCCUACCCCAAGACCCCUCACAUGAAGAGUGAAGAGGCCCGCCUUCGCAGUUUUACUUCGUGGCCCUUCGACUCUCCCAUGAGACCCAGAGACCUGGCUCAAGCUGGCUUCUACUACUUGGAGAGGGAUGACCUUGUGCAGUGUUUCUGCUGUGGCGGGAAACUGAGCGGUUGGGAACCUGAAGAUGUGGCGUGGAGUGAACACGCCAAGCAUUAUCCCGGCUGCUUUUUCAUCCUUGGGCACGAUGUGGGCAAUGUACCGCUCCAGGAGGGAGAAAGUAGUCAAGAUACGGAUGCUCAUGUCUCCAUGGAGACUUUUGAAGAGAGGCUGAGCAGCUUUGCUGGUAUUCAGCACCCCGUUGACCACGAACGUCUGGCCAGAGCGGGCUUCUACAGCACAGGGACAGGUGAUCGGGUGAUGUGUUUCAGCUGCGGUGGAGGUUUGAAAGCUUGGCAGCCUGGGGAGGACCCCUGGGAAGAACAUGCCAAAUGCUACCCAGGGUGCAAGUUCUUAUUGGAACAAAAAGGAAGAGAGUUUGUCAACAACGUCCAGCUACAAAGACCUCAACAAAGAAGUGCUGUUUCAAGUCAUCAAAACGGAUCAUCAGGCAAUGGAAAUGGGACACCUCAGUCAGAAAUGGCUCAGAGAGUCAUAGAGAUGGGGCUUGAGCCCAGCGUGGUGGAGAGGACCAUCUUGGAGAAAAUGACCAACACCGGCUCUGGUUAUUCCAGUAUGGAAGCUCUUUUGGAGGCUYGUUUGUGUCAUUCACCAUCAAGUGAAAGGACAGAAGAGAGAGCUGAGGACCCACUGGAGAAACUGCGGAAGCUACAGAGAGAAAAACAGUGCAAAGUAUGUUUGGACAGAGACAUUUGUAUCGUCUUCCUACCGUGUGCUCACCUGGCCACUUGCCAGCGGUGCUCCGAGUCGCUCACCAAGUGUCCGAUCUGCUGUGGAGUUAUAACGCAGAAGGUCAAGACCUAUAUCGCUUAAAAGAGACGAGAAGCUCUGCCAUGAAUGCUGCUUUCCUUUUUUAAUGAUGUUGUGAUGCCACAGCGGUGUAGUGGUCACGACUGAUACCUCGGAAUAAGAAAGCUCCCAGCUUGAA